AACACUUUCCAUGCAAUUAUUACAAAAUUUAUUAACACCAAUUUUGCAAAAUACAAAAAAUUGCUCCAUAUAUCUACUUAUAAUUAAAUACGCGUUGUUGUGACAAAAGUUUUAAACAAGUUUUGCUACCCACAAACAGCCUUGCUCUUGAUUCUUGAACACGAGGAUUACCUAAUAGUAAUUAACCCAUCAUUGCACCACCGCCCAUGCCUCCCAUCAUCCCAGCCGUAAUUGGGGGAAUCAUCAUUGCGCCCCCCAUGCCCCCCAUGCCUGCUCCCAUCAUUCCCGCGCCCCCCAUCAUUCCGCCCCUCAUUCCUGCGCCUCCUCCCAUCAUGCCACCCCUCAUCAGCCGUGCGCCCCCCAUCAUCAUGCCGCCCCUCAUUCCUGCGCCCCCCGUCAUCAUGCCGCCCCUCAUCAUGCCCGCACCGCCCAUCAUCAUCGGCAUCAUCUGGGCGGCCCCCAUCACGGCCAUGCUGAUUGUACCCAAGAAGAUGACGGCGAAAAGGACCUGUUAAAAUAAAAUCAGAUGAAAGAAAUUUGAGUUUUCUACCUACCAAAGCGUUCAUUGUUUAUCAAACUGUUGUUUGAAGUUUGAAUGAUGUCGAUUGUACUUUGCGAUUAUCUUAUAUACUGAACAUUUGUCCUUUAAGUAAAUUGAUUUGAUGCAGACGUUUGUUUUCGGUAAUUGUUUCUGAUAUGUUAAUUAGGGAACCUUAAGUGUGCCAGUCGGAUGUGGCAAGUUACGAAGGAAUUUUCUUCGCAAUGUAAACAAUUAUAAAUUAAAUAACACGUUUAAAUUAAAUUUCAACACGUCUGAUUAAUCUUGUUCAGGUGGAACAGCAAUUAUUUUAGUAGGUAUCCAAAACUCCGAGUUUUUACAAGUUUUGUGAUAAAUAGAUUUUACUUACAAAAUCAUGGGUUUAACUACCCUUUUAGUAAAAGGGGUAAAGCGUUAAAUGUGCAGACUAAACGUUAAUAAUAUAUUUUGUUAGCUUACAGAUUUAUUUACCCAUUGACUUUGUGGUUUUACAAGGAAUAAAUGUUUGUUACGUUCGAGGUCGAUGCCCGAAAAAAUUACAAUAAAAUUUGUUAUAUAAGUGUAAAAAAUUCACAGUCAAGGUCUCUCUGCCCUAUAUAAGCUUUCUUUUCUUUAUAUUUUGCUAGAAUUUGUGAAAAAUUCACGCAGUCUUUACUCCAAUCAAGAUGAGAUUCAUUGUUGCCGUUUUCUUCAUUUUGGCCAUUGCUACAGCCUACGGUCAAAUGAUUGGCUCCGAAGUUGCUUCCUUUAGCGAUGGUGUAGGUGCCCAAACUUUUGAAGGAGGUGCCGCUUUGAGUGAAGGACUUGGUGCUGCCUCUGUGGCUGAGGGAGCCAUGGUAGGCGAUGCUUGGUAAAAAGAUAGAUUUCGUGUUGGAAAAUUACUUUUAAGAAAUAAAGAACUGAGGUUUUUAA